AUGCCUGCCAAACGCAAAGCGACUGAUAGUGGUCGGUCCAGCGGAUCCUCGAAGCGGCCCACGCCAGUUCCCGACGUGACGGAAAUCUCCAGCAGCGAUGAAUACUCGGACCAGGAAGAAGCGCCAGAGGAACACAACUUGAAAGAGGUCGUCAACAAGUUCUCCUUGGAGUCGUUCAGCAAAAAGGGGCAGUUGGAAAAGACGGAUCCCCGGUUUGGUUACAAAGAUCUCUCGUCUCUUCCACUCAAGCGCGACCACUACAAUCGGCCUCUAUGGAUCGAACCGGUGAAAGGCACCAUCACCCUGGAGAGUUUCUCGCCACUGGCGCCUCAGGCACAGGAUUUCUUGACAACUAUUGCGGAGCCGCUCUCUCGUCCGACCCACCUGCACGAAUACCGUUUGACCGGACAUAGUUUGUAUGCGGCCGUGUCGGUGGGUCUCAAGCCCCAGGAUAUUGUUGCGUUUUUGGAUCGGUUGUCAAAGACCCCACUGCCUGAAAGCAUCCGGUCUUUCAUCAUUGAGUUCACCAAGUCCUACGGGAAAAUCAAGAUGGUCUUGAGGCACAACCGCUACUAUGUGGAAACAACCGACCCUCAAAUGCUCCAGCGACUUCUGAAAGAUGAGGUGAUUGGACCUCAAAGAUUGGACAACACUGAAGGCAUUAUCGAACGGGCCGCUCCCAAGAUGGGAGGUCUUGUGAUUCCUGGAACGAAAGAUGCUGCCGGCGUUCGAGAGACCACUCAGCAAGAAGCAUCGGCUAACCGGGAUGAUAAUCAAGACGGCGUGGUCGACUAUGGCAUCGACGAUGUUGGUGAGGAUGAGAACGAGGAAGCAAUCACGUAUAGUUUCGAGAUCCCCAAUUCUGGGGUCGAAGUGGUCAAGGCCCGGUGUCAAGCGAUUGGGUGCCCUGCCCUGGAGGAGUAUGACUUUCAGGGAGACACAGUCAAUCCUAAUUUGGACAUGGAUCUCAAGCCUGCGGCGCGGAUCCGUUCAUACCAGGAGAAGAGUCUGAGUAAAAUGUUUGGUAACGGGCGAGCAAAGAGUGGCAUCAUCGUUCUUCCUUGCGGCGCUGGUAAGACUUUGGUGGGAAUUACCGCAGCGGCAACAAUCAAGAAGGGCACCAUUGUACUCUGCACCAGCUCCAUGUCCGUGGUUCAGUGGCGGAACGAGUUUUUGCGAUGGACGACUAUCGAUCCCAGCGACAUCGCCAUUUUCACGUCGGAUCACAAGGAGAAAUUCAAGCGAUCCACCGGGAUUAUUGUCUCCACCUACUCCAUGGUGUCCCAGACUCGAGCCCGGUCUUACGACGCCCAGAAGAUGAUGGACUGGCUUCAAUCACGGGAAUGGGGUAUGAUGAUUCUUGACGAGGUGCACGUCGUGCCAGCCUCGAUGUUUCGAAAAGUCACGUCUGCGAUCGCUGCACAGAGCAAACUGGGUCUUACGGCAACCUUGCUUCGAGAAGACGAUAAGAUCAAGGAUUUGAACUUUCUGAUCGGGCCAAAGCUUUACGAAGCGAAUUGGAUGGAGCUUGCGGCACAGGGCCAUAUUGCCAAGGUCCAGUGUGCCGAAGUAUGGUGUCCGAUGACCACCGAGUUCUACUCGGAAUACCUGCGAGAAAGCUCGAGGAAGCAGGCACUGCUCUACAUUAUGAACCCGCGCAAAUUCCAAGCGUGCCAGUUCCUCAUCGACUUCCACGAGAGGCGCGGGGACAAGAUCAUUGUGUUUUCAGACAACGUGUAUGCCUUGGAGCGGUAUGCACUCAAACUGAACAAGGCAUAUAUCUACGGCGGCACCCCUCAAAAUGAACGCAUGCGCAUUUUGGAGAACUUCCAGCAUAAUGAGCAGGUCAACACCAUCUUCUUGUCCAAGAUCGGGGAUACCUCACUGGAUCUGCCCGAGGCCACCUGUUUGAUCCAGAUUUCCUCCCACUAUGGAUCGCGUCGUCAGGAGGCCCAGCGACUGGGCCGAAUUCUGCGGGCCAAGCGCCGCAAUGACGAGGGUUUCAAUGCAUUUUUCUACUCCUUGGUAUCCAAGGACACCCACGAAAUGGUCUAUUCGGCCAAACGCCAGGCAUUCCUGAUCGAUCAGGGUUACGCAUUCAAGGUCAUCACCCAUCUUCAGGGGAUCGACAAUUGCGAAGGAAUCUCGUACUCGACCCCGGCAGAACGCCGCGAGCUUCUGCAGGAAGUCAUGCUACAGAAUGAAUCCUCGGCCGAUGUCGAGCAGGUCACCGAUGAUCUAUUCUCCAUGCGCUCGGGCAAGCGACCCCCGGCCAAGAAGCCCACUGCCAAACGGAGUGCCGCCACGCUCAGUGGCCUGGCGGGCGGCGACGACAUGGCAUAUAUUGAAUAUAACAAGAGCAAGAAUAAGCAGCUCAAGGACAAGGCUGGUCACCAUCCUCUGUUCAAGAAGAUGGAGCGGGAGCGACAAAAGCGGAAGAAGGAGCGAGAGUCGAUGAAAUAG